AUGAAGGUGUUAACACAAUCUAAAAGAAACAACUUUGGGAAAAAAAAUUCUCCGAAAAAUUCAUCGAAAAAUAAACCGUCGCCAUCGCCAAAGAUUAAUAAAAAUUCAAAUACUAUUAAAAAUGUUAAAAAUAAACCAUCAACUAAAAAUGAUAAAUUAUCAUCAAAGAAUCCUGAAUUUACUCCCACUACUGUUACUGCUGCCAAAUCUAGUUCAAAAUUUGAUGAUGUUUUUAGAAUGGAAUUGCUUAAGAAUUGGAAUCUUGCUAGAAAUAUCAAACUUGGACCGGGAGAAAAGAAAAAACAUCUGGAUCAAUUAUUUGAAUUAAUCCAAGGCAAGAUCCCUGAAAUUUUAUUUAAACAUGAUACUUCACGUAUCAUUCAAACAUGUUUAAAAUACGGUUCAAAAGAACAAAGAGCCGUGAUUGCAAAAGAAUUGGAGGGAAGAUUUGUCGAAGCAUCAAACCCUGAAUUCAAAGAUAAGAUUGUUUUAGAAUUUAAAGGGUCAGUGACAAAAUUAAUACAACAUAGAUUUGCACAUGAUGUUAUAUUAGAAUUGUAUGAAUGUCUCAAUGCCAAACAAAGAAAUUCUUUGAUACAUGAAUUUUAUGGACCGGAAUUUAAUUUAUUCAAGGAAGCAGAAAAUAAAUCGAUGUCUGAACUUAUAAAUGAAGAUCCUUCGAAUAAAAUAAAAAUUCUCAAAAACCUUUCAUCAACAAUUGAAAAAAUGUUAAAAAAACCUGGAUUGAUUGGUCAUAUUAUUUCACAUAGAAUUUUAUUGGAUUAUUUUACUUGCGCAGAUGACACGAAUGACAAUCAAGUCCAAGAAAAAAUCCAAAUUAUUGGUAAGCAUAUACCUGAAAUUUUGCAUACACAAAAAGGUUCGCGUGUAGCCAUGUAUUGUCUUGCUCAUGGGACCGUUAAAGUAACAAUGAAAGAGUAUGUUGGAAAGAUAGCUUGUGAAGAAUAUGGUUACUUGGUGUUAUUAAGAGCUUUUGAUGUAGUUGAUGACACUAUCAUUGUGUCAAAAUAUGUCAUUGAGGUGUAUAUAGUUAUAAUUUAUUGUAUUUUUAAUUGA